CGUCCAUCUUUUUUUCCCUCCCCCCGACAUUGCUGAUGUGUUACUACAAAUUCGAAUGAAAGUUGCAGUUUGUUUUCUCCUUUAGUAAGAUAUCAUUUUUAGUUAGCUAUGCCUUAUUAUCAAAUAUGGGAAGAGUUCGCCAGAGCCGCCGAAAAACUGUAUUUGACAGACCCAAUGAAGGUUAGAGUUGUACUGAAGUAUCGCCAUUGUGACGGGAACCUUUGUAUGAAAGUCACAGACGACGCAGUGUGUUUGCAGUAUAAGACCGACCAGGCCCAGGAUGUCAAGAAGAUUGAGAAGCUGCACGGCAAGUUGAUGAGAUUCAUGGUUUCCAAGGAAUCACGUAGCGUUGCCAUGGAAACGGACUGAUUCCUCAGUUGCAUUCAUGAACUUUGGGGCUGGAUGGACGGUGGUGUGCCUUUCACACGCAAGGGAAAAAAGCGGAGGCAGCACGGAAGACUGAAUGAUGAAGAGGAAGAUGUGUGUGUGGGAUGGGGUGGGGCGGGGAGGGGAAAAUAAUUGUGUGAAAAGGCUAAAAUGGAGAGCGGCACCCUGCUCCUUCUGAAGAGCGAGCUGCUUGUGCUUCCUAUAGAUGGAUAGUUAUUUAUUUUUUGGUUUUAAGGUGGACUAAAAUGUGAUUUGAGCGACAAGAUGUCAGUUUUUUGACAAGGUUGUGGUUUCUUUAGCUGUUUCAGUUUCUUUUUUUUUUAUUUUUCAUGGAGAUGUAUUUCAUGAUUGUUUCACAAGAACCCUAAUGAAGUGGGAUCUUCAGAUUUCCUCUACCGGUCAUUUUCAUAAUGGAGCUACAGCCUUGUUUUUCUCGGUUGUUCAAAUUGUAACGUGGCAUUCAAUAAAUGUAUACAUAAACCAG